UUCUUCUGUGUUCUGUUGCUGCUCUUCACAAAAACAACUCUGUAGGUUCUGAACACUCGUCUCAGGAUCACAGAUCACAUUCGCUCCUGUUGUCUUUGGAGAGAGAACGGUUACCGACAGCAAUCUUGACCCAAUAUGAGCGACGGAGAGCGCAUGCCGUACGGACUCAGGAGCCUGCUGGAGUGCAUGUCCAGGGCGGUGCUGUUAGAGCAGCCGGACGACAUCCCAGGAUUUCUGUCCAAGUACGUGGAAGAGAUGAUCCGAUACCGAGGAGACGAAGCGAGGGACACCAAGGAGGUCGCCUUUGACUAUGAGGAGCAGUGGGAGAGGGCUGUUUUUCAAAAGACACAGAUCCUGCUAACAGCUCACGAGGAACCUCUGUCACCUCUAUCCAGUGAGUCCAUCACACCACCUGCGUCCUACAGGGUAUCACCGCCAACUGACGAGAGGCAAAAGAUGCCUAGAGUGGGUCCAACUCAUGGAGAGAUAUCUCCAUAUGCACAAGGACCAGUACCAGUACCGGUACCACUGCCGCCACGUAUGGAGAGAGACACAACAAAUCACACUGGAGUGUCUCUACCAUCUGCAGUUCUAGUUCUCCCACCCAUCCAACAGGAAGUGCCUUCAAAACAGGCACAGGGACAAAAACCAACCCCAGAGUGUGAGGGCGGGUUUACCUGCCGUCUGAAAGACUGCUGUUACCAUGACAGACCCAAAGAAGGGGAGUGUGCAUGUGACAGCGAGUUACCGCCGCUCAGACGUACAACGGAUCUGGAGUUGAAAAGGCUACUGGCAGCGCCCUCAAAACCUGACGCACAGGUUCCAUACAGACCCAGGGGAGGUUUUAUUACAGAUGGAGAACUAGAACCGGUGAGAACCGGGGCGAGGCCUGUGUCCAACAUGCCUCGCCCCACCUCGCUCGAUGGCGGUGAUACAAACAGGACGAGUGGGACAGAGAGCCGCUUCCUUCACUGCAGACAGGACACCGCCAUCAGCAGACAAGGUGGUGAGGUGGCACGCUGCGCCGACAUGUCUCUGGAGUUUUCUGUACACACAGCGGGUUCGGUCCAUGUCGUCAGAUACACCUACACGCAUGUACAGGGCGGCAGACUCCCACCUCUCUCUGCGCGUUUGCCCUCACCACCCAAUUUGUCCAAAGAUCGGCGAGAAUCAAGGAACGGCAGCCCUCGUGAUCCCCACAAAAAGUCUUCAGCCACGGGCAGAACACCUUCGUCACGUCAGUCCAGCUGGAAGCAAUUCUAGGAAGCCUGAGUUGUCGGGCCCUGAUCCAAAUUUUGUCAUGUUUGCCACUUGGCACCUAUCAGUCCAGGACGGGGAUCUCCUCUUGCGUGGUCCUUCCCAAGGUUUCUUUCAGUUUCACCUGUUAAAAGGUAUAAUUGAGAGUUUUUCCUUGCCCGCUUGAGGGAAGGUGUCCAUAUCACUACGGCUAUACAUGACUUUACAAUAUUAAUUAAUUUGGUUUUACCAGCUUGGACAGGGCCUUUCUGCUGCCUUUGUGGGUUUCCUCCGGGUGCGCUGGUUCCCCCACCAUGAAAUUGUUAAUGCCUUUGAAUAAAAAACAGAUAUUGUUAAGUUA